AGGGGAAGUUAAUGGACGCCGCGCGCCUAAUUCUUUGGAUGCUCGCCUCCCGCCAUGUCGUUGAGCUCCUGCGCCAUUGCCGUUCCAUCCAGCACCUCGACCAGCUGCACGCCCAUCUCAUAGCCCACGGCUCAUCCGACGUGGCCUCUCUCGCCUUCCAGCUCGCCGUGUCCUACUGCGCGCUCUCAGGUGGUGCUGGACACCGCCGACUCUUCCGCGCCCGCCACCUGUUCGACAAAAUUCCUGACCGGGACAGGUUCAUUGCACAACAGCCUUACCAGGGCGUGCCUCAAUAGAGGUUGCCCCCAAGAGGCGCUCUGUCUACACCGGGACAUCUUCCGGCGCGGAAUCCUACCCAACGUGUUCAUGAUUCCGUUCGUGCUCAAAGGCGUGCUGCCCGCCGAUGGAGUGCUUGUCAACCUGGGUAUGUGCGGAAGGUGAUCAUGGGUAACACGCUCCUGCACUCCUGUGUGUCUAGUACUAUAAUAUCUGCAUAGCAGAUGGUUGUUGCACCCUCACACCCCCCACACAUUUUUCAGCGCUUCUCAGCGUAGUGCUGGCCCUUUAUGAAUAACCUUUUAUGCCUAUAAUGUAGGGGAGGAAAAAGAAGGGCGAGGGAAUCUUGAGUGUUUCUAUUGGACAAGUUUUGUGGAAUCUGAUGUUUUUCUAUUCAAUUGGAUGGAAUAAAGCUAGUACGCAUGUGCUGAAAUCGUCCUUGUCUCCUGCUGCCUCUGAAGUCGAUGGUUGCUUAGGAGUUCAGAUGUCCAUUUGCAACUUGCCAACGCUAACCACCACCGGUGACUGCAGGGUCUUGAGAAAGGUGAAAGCAGCUCCACAUUGCUGAUAUCAUACUGCAGAAUUUUUCUUCGCGCUGCUUGUCAUCACUUGCUGAAUGGAAUAUCUCGCCGCCAACGUGAGAUUGCGCUGGAAAGAAUGUUGUGUCAUGCAGUGCCACACGAUGAUUGGCGGAUACGCGCAGACUGGGGAGACCGGCGAGAUAAGGCGUCAAGGACUGUCAGCCGAGGAGUUCAUAUCACGUUCGUCAGCCUGCUUCUGGUGCGAGCUAGCGAGGGAUAUCUUCAAGUUGGUCUAGUAGGGAAGAACAAAGCCACAAGUUCCAAUGCUGAAGUAGGCAUGUAUGCCCGGCCUCAAGGGACGCCAUCACCAUGCAUGUGCCUCUGCAUGCCUGCUUCGUGUCUAGCUGAUACGCCAGUUGAAUCCAGCGCGAUGAGGCACAGCGACGUGCUCCGAUGACAGCGGCAAGAGAGUUGAGCUGCAUGAUUUAUUCGGAACAAGCGGAGGCGGUGUCGCUCGCCUGUCGUCCUUCCGCACUCUCCGGUCUUGUCGGAUCGGAUCCUCAGCACUGCAAUGCAUGCUUAAUUUAGAUUCUCUAGACGUCUGCCUGCAUCAGCGUGAAACUCUGAACUGAUGGGCUAAUUAUAGUAUAAUGUUGGCCCAUCCUCCGGCAUUCUUCUUCACACUUGAUGAGUGGUCAAGUCCUGCAUUGGGAAUGAGUACCUCUCUUCGCUGUCAUUAUCUUCGGCCCCACAUCCCCGGAAAAUCAAUCAAAGUGAACAGAAGACAUUCGUUUGCAAAGGUGAAAGAGAAAUUGACCUGGUCAAGGAAAUAAUGAAAUGCUCUGAUUGAAUAAUGUGGAACUACAUACACAUGCCCAUGAAGUGUUACCACAGCAAGAUCUCGACAAAUCCACUUGAAUCUUGACACCAGAUGAUGGCACAUUAACACGGAGACGACAAUAGUGCACAGAUGAGCACUAAUACAAAUGCCAACCCUGCACCCAAGGAUGCCGAGGAGAAGAAAGCAGCCGGCUCGUCCUCCUCCUCAUCGGAGCACCUGGAUGAAGACGAUGAUUUCUUCCAGAUCGAGGGACCGGUCCUCAAUACCCAAUUCUCCCUGGCCGGACCAAACCUCGACGGAUGCCCAGACCCGAAAAGGAUCCCCUCGUCAGUCUUUGCAAGGACGUCAACAUUGCAAACCGACUGGAGCGUCACGUCGAACGAGGCUCUCUUCAGCAUCAAUGUCGGGAACACGAGCUUCGACAAGGACCAUAAGGUCUUGUAUGGCAAGUCGGGUGAGAUGGGCAACCCCAACGAGCCUUUGGCGCCAUUGCCAUCGUUCCCGAAGCAGAGCCCAGGGUCCAGCCCCAUCAAGGGGGCAGUGUCACCCAAGGCAACCGGAGAAGGCAGCUCGACUGUGAAGGGGGAAGGAGACGCGGAUCACAUAGAUAGCAUAUCUCACCGUUCCGAAGGAAGCGCGACCAACUUUGCAUUCCCGAUAUUGGCAGGUGAUGAGAAAGCCAGUGGGUGCUCGAAGGACAACCAACCAAAUCUUGCCCAACAAAGCACGGCGCAACUGAGUCAUGCACCAGAGCCAGAGCCGCAUGAUGAGAAGAACGAAUCACCGAAAGCCGCAAUGGAAUCACCAAAAGCCGCAAUGGAAUCACCGAAAGCCGCAAUGGAAUCACCGAAAGCUGCAAUGGAAGCACCUAAACCUGAAGAAGCCCCAGUAGCGGAACCGGCACCAGCACCGGCGGAGCCACCUCCAGCGACAAAAAUGUUUCCCUGCUGUUCUUGCUGUCCAUUCUGUUGCUAAGGAGUAUUCAACGGGCGCUCUCAAUCCAAAUCACCUUGGUUCUUUCUCUAGAUGACUCAAUAUUUCAUAGAUGCUCAAAUCAGUAGAAGGCAAUCUGAAAUUGUAAAUCAGAUCAGGAACUGGAGAUGAGAGGGACAUUGGCAACCAAUUACUUGCUCUGGGUAUGGUAGAUUAUCUUAGAUACAUACACUACUUGUAGAGAAGAUGUUAAUUUUGUAGUUUUUGAUUGGGAUAUUUGUUUUAUCGGGGAGGCAAUUUAUACUAUUUGGUUGUAGUAAUUGUGAGGAUGUGUAGAUGCUUUUAAUUUACUAAUUGUAGGUGUUACAUUUUAUAUUGUUUUUGUUACUGUGAUAUAAAUAAAAUUAAGGUGUGUAGGUGCUA